AUGCCUGAUCAAGAUCAAUUGUCAAAUUUAAAUUUGGAAUCACCACAUAUUACAUUGAACCAUGUUGUAGAUGCAAUAAAAGAGUGCUUGAGGCCUCAAGAUUCUCUGCAGGAUUCAGAAACAAUUUUCAAUGUAAUAAAUACUACAGAAAUUCCUAAAGUUGUUUAUGAUAUUGAAAAAAAGAAAUUUGUAUUACAAAAAGUAUUAUCCGAGUUAUUUGGUGAUGCUAAUAGUAAGUCAAGUAUUUUUCGCGAUCGUCUCGAGUUACUGAAACAAGUAACACUUAAGCAGGAGCCAUUUGCUCCAAGGAAAUUGGGUGAAGUCGAUGUUGAAAAAUAUGAACUGACUCCCAUUGAAUAUUUAUUGAGUAACUGCAGUAAGCCUGGAGAAGUUUAUGUUAUGGGUUUAAUCGCAGAAGGAUGUGUAGUACUAGCAAGAGGAAUUUAUGAAGAUGGUUUUUUAAUUGUACGAGAAAUGGGUUUACCACCAGCAGAAUUAACAACAGAGUCACGAGUGUCAUUUGGAGCUGACAAUACGUUUGGCGGUCCUCAUAAAACUUCUUUAAAAUUGUCCGAAAAAUUAAAAAUAUUCGAACAAUCUCACAGUAUGAAUAUGAUUGUAUUUUUAUCAGAUGUAUGGCUAGACAGUACCGAAGUUGUUGAUAAAUUGCGUGUGAUAAUGGAAGGUUACUCAGAGGACCCACCUGUGGCAUUUGUACUCUGCGGGCAUUUUUUGUCAUCACCACCGAGUUACUCGAGCGCACAAAAAUUAAAAGAAGGAUUUAGAAAUUUGUCUCAAAUGAUAAAGCAAUAUCCAGAUAUUCAUAAAUACUCGAAAUUUGUUUUUGUACCGGGACCACUAGACUUGGGUGCUCCUAAAAUUUUACCACGAGGUCCAUUGCCUAAAACACUUCUUGCUGAUUUUAUCAAAGCAGUACCUAAUACUAUUUUAGCCACUAAUCCAUGUAGAAUACAAUAUUGUACUAAAGAAAUAGUGGUACUGCGCGAAGAUAUUCUAACUAAAUUUUGUCGACACACAUUCCGUUAUCCAGAGACUGGCCAAGUUUGGGAUCAUUACGCAAGAUCAAUUAUUUGUCAGUCACACUUGGCCCCAAUGAGUUUACCAGUGGUACCAGUAUACUGGAAGUAUGAUCAUACAUUACAAUUAUAUCCGUCACCAGAUCUCAUUGUUGCAGCUGAUCAAUUCCAAGCAUACUCUACCAGUUAUAUGAAUUGUAAAGUAAUUAAUCCUGGUACAUUUUUACGUAAUAACUUUUCAUUCAAGGUUUAUAAACCUGGUAAUGAUGAAGUUGAAGAAUGUGAAGUACCAGCAGACGACGAUGUAUAA